AUGGCAGGGGGGGGUCUGGAGGCUCGCUGCCUCCUCAACAAAAGCCUGGUCGCCUCUCGUCUUCGUUCUCCUUCGGUGCGCUCUCCACUGCGUCUCGAAUCCUCUCUCCGUCCAUCUCUCUCCUCUUUGCAUGCAUCGAUCUCUUCUUUUUCUUCUCGCUCUUUCCUUUCUUCUCUCUCUUCUCCCUCUCUUCCUCCUUCACCCUCCUUGUCUCCUUCCUGCUGCUAUCGAGUAACUAGUGUAACCGCCCUGUCCUCUUCGCCUUGUCGAUCUUCUCCUUCUGCGUCUUCUGCUUCGCUGUCUCUCUCGGACGUGCCUGACAGUUCCUCUGCCUCUUUGAGUUUCUCGCCUCGCCCUCCUGCCUGUCUCUCCGUCGCCGAAACCGCGAGAGACCGCCUCUGGCCUCUUGCUUCCUUCUCGCGUUUUGUCUCCUUCAAAAAUCGCGCGGAGUGGCGAGCCUUCAUGCGCCUCCCACCGAAAUCUCGAGUGGAGCCGAGACGCCCGAUCCCGCGCAUCUUCCCGUGGCGCAUGGCCCACAAUCCUUUGCCCCGGCGGUACCCUCUCUACAAACAUCGCGCUCUCUUUCUUCCUCUUUCUCUGCCUUCCUACGCGCCGCAGCCUGCAAUCUCAGGCGUUCCCACCGCCCCCCUCACCAUCACAACGAACGCUGCUCACCUCCCACGCACAUGCAUCCUCCAAAAUGCGGUGCGACAAAUGCAGCCUCUCUCUUCCUCGUCUCCCUCUUCUCCUUCCUCGUCUUCGCCUCCCUCUUCUUCCUCUUCUUCGUCGUCUUUCUUUCCUCUGGAAUUGCCUGGCGUGCUUCGACACACUGUCCUGCGAAGUCGAGGCAGAGCGGCGCAUGCACCGUCAUGGGUCUCCGCGCUGGCCACUUGUCUCCAUGACGACGCCGCGCGUCUCUCUGGUCUCUGCUUUCCUUCGGCGCCGAGCGGGUCUCCGAAUAUAGACCGACCGCCCCGCUGCGCGUUCUCGGGCGCGUUCGUGGUCGUCUACUCUGCCGACGAGUUCCCGGCAGUCUGCGCUGUUCGGACGGCCCUGGCGGCGCUGGCGCCGGAGGUGCGUCUCGAGGGGCGGCAGGAGGCAGGUGUGCGCCUCCUGAAGAUUUUGCGCAGAGAAGACGGACUCGAAGUCUUCGUAAAAAACGAACUGAACCGGCCAGACAAGACCAGGAAAACAGCUCUCGCGAGACGGGAAACAGGGAAGGCUGCCGUGCAGAGCAUUUUGCUGACUUGCGGUGUCUCCAGUGUCUAG